GAUCGAAAGGAGAAAAGUUUUGGUCUUGAAUGAAGCAAAUGGCGUUUGUCCCGCAAUUCCUCUGAAUUACGAAGCAAGAUUAUUCAAUAACAUUUAUUUAGUAACACCGUUUGGUACAACAGAAAAAACACAGGCCAAGGAAAACGACGCAAGUUUGUCAGACAAGCUAUGUAUAUGUGCUGCCGAAGCAAGCACGAACAGAGAGAUUUGAUGAGAGCUAUAUAUACCCAGGACCCCCAGACUGGAGAGGAGGACAUUUGUUCUUUUCCAACACUGGAUCUCUGCAGACAACAAGACCUCUGCUCAACACCACCCGCUAAAACAUACAAAUAUAAAUGCACAAAAGGAAAGCUGAAUGCCUCAACUUUUAAUUUGUGCAUUUUAAAAGAAGAAGUAAACUGCAAAGAAUAUCUCAACUGGUCCUAAACAGGCAAAUCUGAGAGAGCCCUGAGAAAGACUGGGCUACUCCCCUCUGUUCUACAGAUGUGUCUGUGGUAAGAGCACAUCUGUUAGCUCUACAGCACUGCCAAAGAAAACUCUCUACUGAAGCUCUCAGACAGCUCAAUGGCUGGUAAAGAAAUGAAGAACAGGGGUGGUAAAAGUCUGAAGGAAGUUCAUACAGUUAACGAGGCUUUAAAGACCCUCUACCGGCAAAAAUUGCUCCCUCUGGAGAAGUAUUAUGAUUUCUCUGAUUUCCACUCAUCAAGCCUUGACGAUGCAGACUUCGACAACAAACCCAUGAUACUAGUGUUGGGUCAGUGCUCUACAGGCAAGACCACAUUUAUCAGAUAUCUUCUCGAACAAGAGUAUCCAGGAAGCAGAAUAGGCCCAGAACCAACAACCGACAGUUUCACCGCUAUAAUGCAUGGAGAGAUUGAGGGAAUUAUUCAUGGCAAUGCUUUAACUGCAGAUCCCAUCAAGCCUUUCCGCAAACUCAGCCCAUUUGGAACAACCUUCCUCAAUCGAUUCCAGUGUGUACAUCUACCCAACCGAGUCCUAGAGAGUAUCAGCAUCAUUGACACCCCAGGGAUCCUGUCUGUGGCCAAACGCAAAAUGAGUAGAGGGUAUGACUUUCCGGCAGUUAUCCGCUGGUUUGCAGAGCAUGUUGACCGCAUCAUCCUCUUGUGUGAUGCACACAAACUAGAGAUCUCUGAUGAGUUCUCAUGCACUAUAAUGGCAUUGCGAGGCAAUGAGGACAAGCUCAGAGUGGUGCUCAACAAGGCCGAUAUGGUGGACUCCCAGGAGCUGAUGCGAGUCUACGGCGCCCUCAUGUGGUCACUCGGGAAGGUGUUCUGCACUCCAGAGGUUCUGAGAGUCUACAUCGGCUCCUUCUGGUCCUCUCCAAUGCGUAUAACAGACAAUCGGAAAUUGUUUGAGCAAGAGGAGGCAGACCUUUUUGCAGAUAUUCAGAACCUGCCACGAAAUUCUGCUUUGAGGAAGCUCAAUGAUCUGGUGAAACGAGCACGGCUUGUGAGGGCCCAUGCUUAUAUCAUUAGCUCUCUAAAAGAAGAGAUGCCUUUUGUUUUCUGCAGAGAAAAAAAGAAGAGAGAUCUAAUAUAUGACCUUCCCAUCAUCUACUCAAGAACUCAACAGAGGCAUCAGAUUUCACCUGGAGACUUUCCAGAUUGCACCAAGAUGCAGGAGCGACUCAUGAGUCACGACUUCAAGUUUAAAAGCCUCAAGCCUAAGCUCUUAGCUGGGUUGGAUGAGCUCCUACACACUGACAUUGCCAGGCUGAUGCCUCUUCUACGCCAAGAAGAAGAAGAGGCAGCAGAUGACCAACUUUUGGUGCAGGGAGGACUUUUUCUAGGGUCUCACAGUGGCCCUUUUAUUGUGGGGAACCCAUUUCAUCACUCUGGAUCCAAUGGAGAAAGCGAUCAUGUCUCAGAAGAAGGAUGGGUGGUAUCGAAAGACAAACCAAAGUUUGAUGAGAUCUUUUACAACCUCUCGCCUCGAGGAAAGCUGAGUGGGACUAAAGUGAAGAACUGGAUGAUGAGCACUCGUCUGCCCAGCUCAGUUCUGGGACGAAUCUGGAAGCUCGCAGAUGUGGACUGUGAUGGCAUGUUAGACGACGAAGAGUUUGCUUUGGCCGGCCAUCUCAUUGAGGUGAAGUUGGAGGGCUUCGGGCUCCCUCGUGAGCUACCCGCACAUCUAGUGCCGCCCUCCAAAAGACGACGCAAGAACUCUGGCACAGAGAAUAGAGACAAUGAUUAGUCUGCAUGUCUUAAUAAGGACCUAUUAUGCUUUUUAACAUUUUUAGCUUUCUUUCAUGUGUAAUGUCGCUGAUUGAGCCUGAAAAAGGUCUGCAAAGUUACAAAGUCACUCCAAAGGGAGUUAUUCUCUACAUCAGUGCGCAGUUUCUGAACUCACAGAACUCACUCCAUUGUAGUCUUGAGUUUUUUCUGUGUCACAAUAUUCCUCAUUUAAAUAAUUCCCGUCUAAGGCAUACUCAAUAUAAACGGGAAAAGACCUGGUUGAGUUGGAUUAAUGGUGUGUUGAAACUCGUGGUUAUGGUAAGGGGCGUGACAUUUCCCAAACACGUUUGAAGUGGUCUUGCAAUCACAACACACUGAUCCAACCAAUCAGUCAGAUAAAGCGUUACUGACUGGGAAGAGAGGUGCUGCAACAAUGUCAAAUAUGUGAAAUAAAGACUUUGUAAAAGGGCAGAUGACAGGGUUUAUUCAACACAAGUCAUGACUAAUACUAAUGUACUUACUCGUAUAAUGCCUAAGAUCACUUAUAUUUUGAAAAGGUUGGAUGAAUAAAUCCUCCAUAGACAGAAACAAUCUCAAAAGAUGAGUUGUUUUGACAGUUCAGAUUGCCCGAGGGUUGGGAACAGCUUGUACUGUCUUGGCUAGUUGCAGAAACACCCUUGAGACUGUUGCUAUGAGGCACAGAAAUGUUGAAACUUAGUUUGCAGAGCCUUAAGUGCCUUAUUACAUUUCAAACUGUAGUUGUCAAGUAAAAUUUCUUUAAAAAGCUGUUGGUUAAUAAGUAAUUGAACAAUCUUUUUGUGUGUCCAUUUGGACUAAGUUUGUAGCAAGAUGUUUUUAUUUUAUGAUUUUGAGCAUAUUGUGGAAUGUUACUUAGAAUAAUGAUGACCAAUAUAUUCGGGAAACCUAUGUAAUUAUAUCAAUAUGUCCAUUUAUUGCACAAUAAAAUGUCUAGCCAAUAUGCUAAGAA